AUGGUGAAAGUAUCUCCCUAUUGUGUGGGUUGGUCGGUCAUCUCCAACGUCACCUUUGGUUUGACUAAUUUCCUCAUAUCAUAUACGAAUGUUGGAGGUAUUGAUCCUUGGGCUGUUAUUGGUUGGAUUUGGUUUACCUCGGGGCUCAUAGGAGUCUUAACUGGAAUUUACUUCUGGUUCAAAAUAGGCCGGGUAUUUUUCACUGCGGAAUAUCUUGAGCAUGCCCUGGGGAAGAUUCAAAGCAGGCCCAAUUCUGACCCAGAGGUUGGCCAAUCAGAAUACGUUUAUCUAUGUGAUGGUGAAAAAAUCUACCCCCAACCUCACUUGAAGGAAAUCUCGUUACGGGCAAAGUUAUUAACACUCGUUGGAGGUAUGUGUGUUGGUCUUUCACAACUGAUGAUGAAGUGGGCUUUUGCUACCGACCCAGCAGCAUCUGGGCCUCUCACUGCAGUUAUAUCGUCGGAUAUUUUGGUUAUUGGUGUUUACUGCCAUUUCGUCUACAACGAAAAGCUAACUUGGUCGCAAGCUGUUGCAAUUCUUGUUGUAUUAGGAGGUCUUGUUGUAAUGGGAGCUUCAUUUGAUUCUGGUGUUGGCGGCUCGGCCCUCGGAUUCUUAUACGCUAUAUUGGGCAUGCUUAGUUUCGCCGCUAGCAUCGUCUGCAUUAGGAGUUCCUGCAUUGAUGGUAUUGAUGCAUGGUCUGGAUUUAUCGGAAGAAUGGGAGUAAUGUUCUUCAUGGGGUUGAUUGCAUUGGCAGACUCGGGAUUCAACGGCGGACUAGUUGUACAGGACCACGCUCUGUGGAAGGAUAUGUAA